AUGGAACACCCGCCUCCAUCUCAUUACGAUGAGUUAUCCCCUCCUUCCUCGGUAGCGGGCCAGAUCUGGGACAUGGCGCUCACGGACCCCGACUAUGCCUCCCAUAUCCUCGACUCCCACGACACCGCCACUCCUGCCUCCGCGCGACUCACAAGACUAGCCCAUCUGGCAUCCCACUUCAAUCCGACCUCCAAAUCCGACUCCAUGACCCUCCACCACUGUCUCGAGACCCUCGAAUCCCUGCUGGACCCACGCCCAGCCUUGACGCAAGAGCUCGCCCGGUGCCGUCCCAUGAGUCAUUCCCGACAGUCCAACUCGAUCGCUUCCAUUUCCUCGACCGACUCCCAAGAUCUGGGCGAUUCCGUCGCUUCGCUCGAAGAGAGGUCACACCCUCCUCUUAAGGAUAUCCUGAGCGAGGUUACAGCACUCAAAGUGGAAUUCGACCGCCGUCGCAAGGAAUCCUCUGAGAUAUAUGAUUUGCUUACACGAGAACGCGAAACACUAGCCCGGAGGAUCGGCGAACUGGAUGAUGAAAUUCAUGAACUGAACACGGAUAUUCUCGAAGACUCCGCUGAGCGUGAAGCGAUCCAAGGCACGAUACGAGGGCUCGAGAGCUGGGUGGAUGAAUGGCACAAACAGCGCCUAUUGAUUGCCGCAAAGAAACAGAGUGCUGCCCCACGGCGAAAUGGUCAAAGAAGGUGGACAAAAUGCAAAGUCGAAGAUGUCGAGGGUGACGGCGAAGCCCUCUUUGAGGGGAUCACGGCAUGGAUGAGAGGAUGGAAGGACGUCGAGGAGGUUUUCCGAAUCCGAGAGCAGAAUCGCACUUUUCGAAGGGAAGAAAGACAGAAGACGCGGGCAAAAUACGUAUAA